UCCUCCUUUGCUUCUCCUCCGGAAAGAAAGAGAAGGCUUGGAUAUUAGGAAUGAUUCCUGGAGAAUACGUCGUUUGGCUCUUUGGUGAAGUGGAAGCAGACCUAUCUGGCUGAGCGUCACAGUGUUUGCUCAGCCAGAGAGAGAGAGAGAGAGAGAAUGUGCUAAUCGUGGGACCGAGGAGUAGUUGUCAUUAACACCUUGUUCUUCCCAAGAGAUUAUUCCAUGGUUUACCAGGUUGGGAAACAAGAGCUGCUAAUACAAGGAAGAGGAGCUGACUGAAUCUGGAAUUUCAUUUCAUGACCCCUGGGUUGCUUCCAGCAUUGCAAGCCCAUGACAUUAAGGGAAAGCUGGAACAUAGGAAAUCUUUAAGAAAAGGAAAUAUUUCCAAACCAUGGACUGACUUUUGAUCAAGAAAUGAGUUCUUUCUAACUUUGAAGGCUGAAGCCAUCAGGGAAAGAGGGCAUCACUAUGAAGCUGACGCUGAACAUGGUGGCCUUGUUUGCAGCCCUGGCUGGGAUUUUCAGCUUCUCCUUCCUGAUCGCGGCCAUCAGCACUGACUUUUGGUAUCUCAUAGACGCUUCAAAGCUGGAGAAGAUGAGCAACCAUACGGAGAGCAUGAGCUCACACUCAGGACUCUGGAGAACUUGCCAGCUUAAAAGCAACUGCCUCCCUAUUGCGAAUCCCUUUAAGCCUGGAACAGAAAACAUCACUGCAUCUCAUCAGCAACUAUUAAAUAUGCACGGUGCCUUUGUGAUUCUGCUCCCGCUCAGCCUCGUUGUGAUGACCUUCGGAGGAAUGACGGGCUUCAUUGCAACUCUGGCUCAGGUUUAUCUCCUCUUGAUCUUCACCGGGCUGUUCUUUCUCUUUGGAGCCCUCCUGACUCUGACUGGGCUUAGCAUCUAUGUUGCCUACUCUGCUGCGGCCUUCAAGGAAGUCAGCUACCUUCUGAGAGAGAAGAACCUCCUGGAACAUAUCAACAUCCAGUUUGGCUGGUCCUUAGCCUUUGCAUGGUUCUCCUUUGCCACCGAGGUCCUCACAGGGCUAGCCUUCCUCCUGAUGUCUAGGAUGGUGGGCAGGCAACUAAGGGAGAAUUCCUCCAUAUAAUGAACCCAGUCAUAACAGGAUUCUCCUAGAUCAGCAGAUUUAUUCAUCAAUAGGUCAACAUGGACCAUCUUUCUCACCCUUUUUUUUUUUUAGAGUUAUGGUAGACCAUUGAUAUCUCUUGGAGUUUUGUUCCAGGACCAUCCCUGUAUGGAUACGAAUAUCCAUGGAUGUUCAAGUCCCAUUAUGUUUACUGGUGUAGUAAAAUGCCAAAAUCAAGCUUUGCUUUUUAUUUUUUAAAGAAUGUUUUCGAGCCAUGGCUGGUUGAAUCCAUGGAUAAAGAAUGUAAUGACGGAUAGAGAACUUUAUUGCACUAAAAUGCUGUUCCAUUACAAUCCUGUUAUCAUUGAUAGGAGAUAAAUACCAUGUCAAGCACCUUCAA